AUGAAACGACGUGAAAAAACAACAAAUGUUGUUGAUGAAAGAGAAAAGUAUUUCCAAUCGUUGAUAGAAAAGUCACAGGAGAUGAUAAAAACUUGGCAUGAUUCUGUGCAGGGUCACAUUAACAAAGUUGAGAAGCAGAAGAAACUCAAACUCGCCAAAGACUUAAAAAUGAUACGAGACUUCAAAGCUAAAAAGAAAGUUAAAAAUAACGAUGAAGUUAUUAAAGAGGCAAAGGAAUUAAUAUUUCAGGACAGUUGCUACGGACGACAGUUGAUGAGUGCACUCCUUGAAUCAAAAGUGUUGGAAGAAAGAGAAGCUCAGAUAAAAUUCCAAAGAGAAAUAAGGAAGUCUGAAAUUGAGAAAGAAUCAACGCUAAACACAACUUCUUUGAUCUUUCUGAACGAAACUGAGCUAGACGAAAAACAAAGAAAACUUAAUAAAAAGCGAAAGGAAAAAGAGAUAGCAGAUAUAAACAAGGAAAUAUUUGAAUGGAAACAAUCCUGCGAAAGAGAGAAAAGGAAUGAGGAAAGGCGGCAAAAAAUAAAUGAAGAGCAAAUUAAACAAAUUAUAGAAAAUGAGACGAAGUUGCAGACAGAAAUAUUACAACGCGAGAAGGAUGAAAUUAAAGAAUACGAGCAACAAACAAAUGAACUUAAGAAAAAUCGAGCAAACAUUGACCAACAAGACGAACGUUUGAGAGAAGUGUGGAGGAAAUAUCAGGACAGAAUAAGAUGCAAAGAAAAAGCUGUCUUCGACAAGAUUCACAGGGACUCAAGCCUUAAAUCGCAAAUGGCGAGUACGUACAAAAUAUUUGAAAAGUUAAAUUCGGAGAAAGACAAGAAAUAUAAUGAUUUUAUUGAAGCUGGUGUUGCGAAAGAAUUGAAGAGAUUGAAUGAACACGAUCAAAAGGAAAUCGAUAAUAAAGCAAACAUACACAAAAAACGUAAAGCCUUGGACGAAGAAAAUAAAAUUUUGCACGAAUUUAAAAAGCAAAUUGAUUAUAUUAAUGAGAUUAAUUAUAGCAGAGGGACUCGUGGCAAUCAACAAUUUCCUAUAAUCAGGGAAAAACCGAAGUUAAAAAUAGGAAGAACUGCACAUCCAACUUUCUUGGUAACUAACAAACAAAGAGAAAAUCAAAGGAAAAUUGGAAAUGAUAAGUCUUGGAGCGGCUUGGAGACUACUCAUAAACAAUUUGCGGAACACGCGACCGACGUCCUACAAGAAUGCCGCUACAAACACAUGGCCUUAAAAAUCAUUAAUGACUACCGAAAAAACAAUUGUCUGGAUGAAAAAUAUCCACUAACAUUGGAAUAA